CUUUUCUGUCUGACUGGCUGAUCCCGGUCCAGGAAAAAGCAUUGACAACUUAUUUAUCGGGGCGAGUGUCUUUUCUUGUCUUGUCUUUCUUGGUGUUGUUCAUUUCCGAAUGAUAAUCUCAUCCACUUUCACUCUCACAUCCACUUCUGUCUGGCUUUGAUCAAGACAAGCUUCUCACCUGUUUAUCAUUUUUUGCUUGGUCUUACACCACACACAUACACACGCCUGAUUAUUAUUAUUAUUAUCACAAUUAUCAUUACCCCAAACUCCGAAAUAUCCUCCAAUCCAAUAAAGCAUAAUACAAAAUGGUAGCCAUCACCGCCCGCGACCGACCCAAAACCGACUACGAGCGAUGGCUGGAACUCCAAGGCAACUCCGACGACAACGCAGCUGGCAGCGAUGAAAAGAAAUACCAUCCUCCUGGCCCUCUACCUGUUCCAGAACAUGGUGGUCAAGAUGCACAUGCAAAAGCAGACGAUAAUAAGCAUAAAUACACCCCUCACGGCACAUUUCUCCAUCAUGGGUAUCAUCAUGAACGGCCGGGAGCGUCAGCCGACAACGCUAACAUCAACGCCAACAAUCAUCCACAUCAUGCACUACUACCACAUCAUCGCUUGGAUAGGUCGUUUCCUGGAGAGUAUGGAAGUGUUGCGAUGAAGUUGGCGCUGCUGGUACUGGUGGUAUUGGUGAUACUGCGUGCGGUGCGGUUUGUUCGAGGCCGACGACAUCAGCCUAUUCGGUUACAGAGUCCGAGGACGGUGCAGGGUGGGUUUGGAGGGAGGGAGGAUGGGGGGAAGAG